UUUUUCCUUUCCUUUUCUUAUUUUCUUUUGAGAAAAGGGAAUUUCGUCCCAAAUAAAAGGAAUGAAGUCUGGCUCCGGAGGAGGGUCCCCGACCUCGCUGUGGGGGCUCGUGUUUCUCUCCGCCGCGCUCUCGCUGUGGCCGACGAGUGGAGAAAUUUGUGGGCCCGGCAUUGACAUCCGCAAUGACUACCAGCAGCUGAAGCGCCUGGAAAACUGCACAGUGAUUGAGGGCUUUCUCCACAUCCUGCUCAUCUCCAAGGCUGAGGACUACCGAAGCUACCGCUUUCCCAAGCUCACGGUCAUCACUGAGUACUUGCUGCUGUUUCGAGUGGCUGGCCUCGAGAGCCUGGGAGAUCUCUUUCCCAACCUCACUGUCAUCCGUGGCUGGAAACUCUUCUACAACUACGCACUGGUCAUCUUUGAGAUGACCAAUCUCAAGGAUAUUGGACUUUAUAAUCUGAGGAACAUUACUCGGGGGGCCAUCAGGAUUGAGAAGAAUGCGGACCUCUGUUACCUCUCCACUAUAGACUGGUCUCUCAUCUUGGAUGCAGUGUCCAAUAACUACAUUGUGGGGAACAAGCCCCCAAAGGAAUGUGGGGACCUGUGUCCGGGGACCUUGGAGGAGAAGCCCAUGUGUGAGAAGACCACCAUCAACAAUGAGUACAACUACCGUUGCUGGACCACGAAUCGCUGCCAGAAAAUGUGUCCAAGCGUGUGUGGAAAGCGAGCGUGCACAGAGAACAAUGAGUGCUGCCACCCAGAGUGCCUAGGCAGCUGCCACACACCUGACGACAACACAACCUGCGUGGCCUGCCGACACUACUACUACAAAGGCGUGUGCGUGCCUGCCUGCCCACCUGGCACCUACAGGUUCGAGGGCUGGCGAUGUGUGGACCGCGAUUUCUGUGCCAACAUCCCCAAUGCCGAGGGCAGUGACUCCGAUGGCUUUGUCAUCCACGAUGGCGAGUGCAUGCAAGAAUGUCCCUCGGGCUUCAUCCGCAACAGCACACAGAGCAUGUACUGUAUCCCCUGUGAAGGCCCCUGCCCCAAAGUCUGUGGCGAUGAAGAGAAGAAAACAAAAACCAUCGAUUCGGUUACGUCGGCUCAGAUGCUCCAAGGAUGCACCAUCUUGAAGGGCAAUUUGCUUAUUAACAUCCGGCGGGGCAAUAACAUUGCCUCGGAACUGGAGAACUUCAUGGGGCUCAUUGAGGUGGUGACCGGCUAUGUGAAGAUCCGCCAUUCCCACGCUUUGGUCUCCUUGUCCUUCCUGAAGAACCUUCGUCUAAUCUUGGGCGAGGAGCAGCUGGAAGGGAACUACUCCUUCUAUGUCCUGGACAACCAGAACUUGCAGCAGCUAUGGGACUGGAACCACCGGAACCUGACUGUCAGGUCGGGAAAGAUGUACUUCGCUUUCAAUCCCAAGCUGUGUGUCUCUGAAAUUUACCGCAUGGAGGAAGUAACAGGAACAAAGGGCCGUCAGAGCAAAGGGGACAUAAACACCAGGAACAACGGAGAGCGAGCUUCCUGUGAAAGUGACGUUCUCCGUUUUACCUCCACCACCACAUCAAAGAACCGCAUCAUCAUAACAUGGCACCGGUACCGGCCCCCAGACUACAGGGAUCUCAUCAGCUUCACAGUGUACUACAAGGAGGCACCCUUUAAAAAUGUUACAGAAUAUGAUGGACAGGAUGCCUGUGGCUCCAACAGCUGGAACAUGGUGGAUGUGGACCUACCUCCCAACAAGGAAGGGGAGCCUGGCAUUUUACUGCAUGGGCUGAAGCCCUGGACCCAGUAUGCUGUCUAUGUCAAGGCUGUGACCCUCACCAUGGUAGAAAACGACCAUAUCCGUGGGGCCAAAAGUGAAAUCUUAUACAUUCGCACCAAUGCUUCAGUUCCUUCCAUUCCCCUAGAUGUACUUUCGGCAUCAAACUCUUCUUCUCAGCUGAUUGUGAAAUGGAAUCCCCCAACUCUGCCCAAUGGUAACUUGAGUUACUACAUUGUGAGGUGGCAACGGCAGCCACAGGAUGGCUACCUGUAUCGGCACAACUACUGCUCCAAAGACAAAAUACCCAUCAGAAAGUACGCAGAUGGUACCAUUGAUGUGGAAGAGGUGACGGAGAAUCCCAAGACAGAAGUGUGUGGUGGUGACAAAGGGCCUUGCUGUGCUUGUCCCAAAACUGAAGCCGAGAAACAGGCUGAGAAGGAAGAGGCCGAGUACCGCAAAGUCUUUGAGAAUUUCCUGCACAAUUCCAUCUUUGUGCCCAGACCUGAAAGGAGGCGGAGAGAUAUCAUGCAAGUGGCCAACACCACCAUGUCUAGCCGAAGCAGGAACACCACAGUGGCUGACACCUACAAUAUCACAGACCCAGAAGAGCUCGAGACAGAGUACCCUUUCUUUGAGAGCAGAGUGGAUAACAAGGAGAGAACUGUCAUUUCCAACCUCCGGCCUUUCACUUUGUACCGUAUCGAUAUCCACAGCUGCAACCACGAAGCCGAGAAGCUGGGCUGCAGUGCCUCCAACUUUGUCUUUGCGAGAACCAUGCCUGCAGAAGGAGCAGAUGACAUUCCUGGACCAGUGACCUGGGAGCCAAGACCUGAAAAUUCCAUCUUUUUAAAGUGGCCGGAACCUGAGAAUCCCAACGGAUUGAUUCUAAUGUAUGAAAUAAAGUAUGGAUCACAAGUCGAGGAUCAGCGGGAAUGUGUGUCCAGACAGGAAUACAGGCAGUAUGGAGGGGCCAAGCUUAACCGGCUAAACCCGGGGAACUAUACAGCCCGGAUUCAGGCCACCUCUCUCUCCGGCAAUGGGUCGUGGACAGAUCCUGUGUUCUUCUAUGUCCCAGCGAAGACAACGUAUGAGAAUUUCAUGCACCUGAUCAUUGCUCUGCCAGUUGCCAUCCUGCUAAUUGUGGGGGGACUGGUCAUCAUGCUGUAUGUCUUCCAUAGGAAGAGAAAUAACAGCAGGUUGGGCAAUGGAGUAUUGUAUGCCUCUGUGAACCCCGAGUAUUUCAGUGCAGCGGAUGUGUAUGUGCCCGAUGAAUGGGAGGUAGCUCGAGAGAAGAUCACCAUGAACCGAGAGCUUGGACAAGGGUCCUUCGGGAUGGUCUAUGAAGGAGUGGCCAAGGGUGUGGUCAAGGAUGAACCUGAAACCAGAGUAGCCAUCAAGACAGUAAAUGAGGCUGCAAGUAUGCGUGAAAGAAUCGAGUUUCUCAAUGAGGCUUCAGUGAUGAAGGAGUUCAACUGUCACCAUGUGGUCCGGUUGCUGGGUGUGGUGUCCCAAGGCCAGCCUACCCUGGUCAUCAUGGAACUGAUGACACGUGGGGAUCUCAAAAGUUAUCUCCGGUCUCUAAGGCCAGAAGUGGAGCAGAAUAAUCUAGUCCUAAUUCCUCCAAGUUUGAGCAAGAUGAUUCAGAUGGCUGGAGAGAUUGCAGAUGGCAUGGCUUACCUCAAUGCCAACAAAUUUGUCCACAGAGACCUUGCUGCUCGGAACUGCAUGGUAGCUGAAGAUUUCACAGUCAAAAUUGGAGAUUUCGGUAUGACACGAGACAUCUACGAGACUGACUACUAUCGAAAAGGAGGGAAGGGACUGUUGCCAGUGCGCUGGAUGUCUCCCGAGUCCCUCAAAGAUGGAGUCUUCACCACUCACUCAGAUGUCUGGUCCUUUGGUGUCGUCCUCUGGGAGAUUGCCACACUGGCUGAACAGCCAUACCAAGGCUUGUCCAACGAGCAAGUUCUUCGAUUUGUCAUGGAGGGAGGCCUUCUGGACAAGCCAGACAAUUGCCCUGACAUGCUGUUUGAACUCAUGCGCAUGUGCUGGCAGUACAACCCUAAGAUGCGGCCCUCGUUCCUGGAGAUCAUUGGCAGCAUCAAGGAUGAGAUGGAGCCCAGCUUUCAGGAGGUCUCCUUUUACUACAGUGAGGAGAACAAGCCUCCUGAGCCAGAGGAGCUGGAGCUGGAGCUGGAGCUAGAGCCUGAGAACAUGGAGAGUGUACCACUGGACCCCUCGGCCUCCUCAGCCUCCCUGCCUCUGCCUGAAAGACACUCGGGACACAAGGCCGAGAAUGGCCCGGGCCCUGGAGUACUGGUUCUCCGUGCCAGUUUCGAUGAGAGACAGCCUUAUGCUCACAUGAACGGGGGACGCGCCAACGAGAGGGCUUUGCCUCUGCCCCAGUCUUCGACCUGCUGAUCCUCAGACACAGAAGCACAUGCAAAAGUAACGUGUGCCCACUCAGUGGGCAGGGGGAGAGCAGGUCGUAACAAUCUAUUCACAAGCCUCCUGUACCUCAGUGGAUCUUCAGAACUGCCAUGGCUGCCCACGGGAGAUGGCUUCUCUGCAGUAAACACAUUUGGGACCUUC